AGGCCCCGGUAAAUGGGAUGGAAACUCGUGUAACUGCAAAAAUGUGUAUGUGCACUACAUCAUCACGCAUAUACUUUUAUUCCAAACAAAAUAUACUUGAUGGAAACACAAUUGUGGUAGGAAUAUAGCAUUUUGUUUGUAUGCGCAUUUUGGCAUAUUCGCGUGACAAGACGUCACCAAUUGGAUGGAAAUGUAGCUCGUGACACGCGCUGCAUGUUGCUUGGUAACCAAAUGGCGUUUGCUCAAACAGCUGAAAUCCCGAACAUACAAACCCUGCGUUUAGGGCAUGUUUUGCAAAUAUAUGUAACGAAAACACAUGAUGACAUGGAUUAACUAACUUGUUAUCUAUAUCUUUCAAAGGUUCAAGCUUUAUGUUUUGAACAGACACAUUUAGGGUAAGUUCUGUGCGCAAUUGGGAAUAGGUGGUUGGAUCAUCAUAGUGCGACGAAUGUAGACGGUUCCGUUUUCUGACGCAGAUGCUGGGCGAGUCACUUGUCUGUCUGUCUUUUGCCAGUGUGUAUUCGACGCGUUCCUGUGUCCUGUUUUGCUGCAUUGGUUCUCUGUCCAUUGUGGCCGUUGCAUAACAGCAGUUCUUUAAAAUGCACUUUGUAAUUACCCAUUUCGGUCACAGGCACAGGUCCAGUUCAUAAGCAUGGAGAAGAACAAUUACGCAAUAGAAAGUGCCCCUUCGUCCCCCCCAGUGGAGGAGAUGAUGGAGCAGGACGGCAGGCAGCAGAGAGUCUACCACAGGGCUGCCAGGAUGAUACAGAGGACAUGGAGGAGACAUGUGGAUACACGCGUGUUCCAGUACUUCAAGAACCUUGUGAGGUUCCGUAACCAGGGAGACCCUCGACUCCUGCUAAAAAAUGUCAACCCCAGAGAGGCAAAUAUUCUGGAUGCUGCUGCAGGAGUCCACAUCAGAUUCAGACUGGGAGGGACCUCCUUUCCACCGAGCAUCUACUAUAAGAUCUACACCCAUCGACCCAUCGUGGACAUGUGUGCUAACAGCCCCAAGGACUACACCCACCCGAGACAGAAGAGGUCCGUCCCCAGGCAGAUACACAACGGGAGGACCCAGGUGCAGGACGACCAUGCUGGCUGGUACCACCGCGUGGAGAACAACGGCUGGAGACUGCUCUCUGGGAAGGCUGCUCUGUUAGGUGACAUCAUCACGUUGGAGACCAAUGGCAAGAAGGUGGAGUUUCACCAUUCCAAACUGCAGCGUCGUCAGGACGUGGACAGGAGGAAGAAGAGGAGGAAGAUUGAAUGGUUGAAGCAGAUGUAUGACCGUGGCUGUCUGCAUGCACGUACAGAGCAUAGUGAGACAGCCAUGCUGGUGGAGCGGUCAGCCCAGGGCAUGAUGGACGCCGUGGAGCAGCUGGGACCCAACCACAUCGUAGAGUGGGAAGUUGAUGAACUACUGGAGUGGACCAACGCUCUCAACUUUGACGAGUAUAUUAAUGACUGGGGGGUUGUGGGUACCAGUAAUUCCUCUGAGUCCUGGAAAGACAAGAGGCUGGUUCCUUCCAACCUGGAGCCUUGUGUUGAGUUCUCAGGGCUGGGGCAGGAGGACAGCCAGGUGGAUACCUACAGCAGUGUCCUCCACCCCCUGGUCUCCAGCCUCAUCAAAUCAGAACACUCCAAGGCCAAUCUCUUUGACUGACUGACUGGCUGGCUGGCAUUGUAUUGCUGACCAGACCAGUAAAUUGCAAUUAUCAACCAUCAGACACUACUACUAUGACACUAUACAACAUUUCAAGAUCAGAGAAGAGGGUCCUGUACAGCCGCGUUUCCCAGAACUCAGCAUGGUACCAGGAACAAGGCUUUCAACAGCUCCUGGUAUAAGGACAAUUCAUG